AUAACGAGCAUUUCCUCAGGUGGGGGUCCAUCCGAAGCGUAUAUAAGACCCUGGAUUCAACUACCAAGGCAGAUCACAACCCAGAUCAACAAUCUCAACAUGUUCAAGCUCUUCGCUUUCGCUGCCCUCCUGGCUGUUGCCAGCGCUGGAAUCGUCGCCCCUGUGGCCUACUCGGCCCCACUGACCUAUGCCGCCCCCGCCGUCCACGCCCCCGUCGCCUAUGCCUCCCACGCUGUUGCCCCCGUUGCCUACGCCGGCCGCGCCUUCUCCGCGCCUAUCGCCUACGGAGCAUCUCCCCUGUACAGAGCAGGCUACCUCGGCUAAGUGCCUUCAAUGUGACAUGCACGGACUGAUAAAUUGCACACAACACUGAUCGCAUAUCCCCAGACUGUUUUCGAUCUUCAAUGUUGAAAUUGAUUCCUAUCCUCAAAUAAAUGUAAUAUUGAAUGAA